CGAGUACAGGAAGGAGAAAAGGAGUGUGCGAGGACAGUCGAUGGAUGCUGCCCGGAUUGAAGGGACAGCACAUUCUCAUCUGACGAGGAAAAGAAAGAUUUCAAAAUUGAGUCGAAGGACAGAAACUCGCCGUCAGGCAUGGUGUGUGAGAAGGGCAUUCAGAUCCUUCUCACCAUCGUGGGUGCUUUCGCAUCCUUCGGCCUGAUGACGGUGGCUAUCGGCACGGAUUAUUGGCUGUACUCUCGGGCGCUCAUCUGCAACAGCACCGCCAACAACUCACAAGAGGAUCCCCAUAAUAAGGAGAAGAAGGACCCCGGGGCCUUGACGCACUCCGGCCUGUGGAGGAUCUGUUGUCUGGAGGGGGUGAAGCGUGGUGUGUGCUCCCAGAUCAACCACUUCCCAGAGGAUGCUGACUUUGAUCAUGAUGGAGCAGAAUACGUCCUGCGAGUGGUCCGGGCCUCCAACAUCUUUCCCAUUCUCAGUGCCAUCCUGCUGCUAAUGGGAGGAGUCUGUAUCGCAGCCAGCCGUUUCUAUAAGAGCAAAAGGAACAUCGUGCUGGGCGCUGGCAUUCUGUUUGUAGCGGCAGGCCUGAGUAACAUCAUUGGUGUGAUAGUGUACAUUUCUGCCGCUCUGGGUGACAUUUCCCCAAAGAAGGAUGAGGACAAGAAAUGGCAGUACUCCUACGGCUGGUCCUUCUACUUUGGUGGGCUGUCCUUUAUCCUGGCUGAGAUGGUGGGCGUCCUGGCGGUAAACAUCUACAUCGAGAAGAACAAGGAGCUCCGCUGUCGCUCUCGCACUGAUAUCUUUAAAAGCACCACUCACGCCAUGCUACGGCUCCCGAGCUACCGUUUCCGCCGCAGAUCGCGUUCCAGCUCUCGAUCCACAGACCCCUCGCGCUCACGAGACCCGUCUCCCGUGGGUGGCCCACCGGGGAGUAAGAACUUCGGAAUGCCCCCGUCUGCUUUACUCUCCCAGGGGCAAAUCUCUGUGUCCACUCUUCCCAACCACUCUUCUCGCUCUGCUCUGCCAGGGGGCGAUAUUUCCCUUUACACCCUCUCCCGAGACCCCAAACUGGGUGGUUUAGGAGGGCUGGGAGCCCCUCCGCUAUACAGCACGGUGGACCGUGCUACACUAUACCAGCUGCACAACUGCUUCCCUAAAGAGAGCGGAGGGGGCGGAGGAGGCAUGAUGAUGAGUGGGACGCUGCCCUCGCUCAAAUCCCACAAUCCCUCAGCUGUCCAGAAUUCUUCCAACUCCAACACGCCGCUCAGCAACUCCGUCCCAUCCUCCCAGCCUCCACCUUUCUCCUCCUCUACGGUGGAGCGGGAACGAGGGAUGGGAACGCUGGAUAGGCUAGGAAAAGGUGACAGAGAGAGUAACUCCAACACACUAAAUAGGAAAACUACACCAGUGUAGACCGAUAAAGAGGGCUGGCGUAGAUAAUGAAGAUGGAAAGACUGGAAACACUCACGGCAUUGACUAAAUGUUUCACUUUAUGAAAAAAUAAAGAGGAAGAGUAUUACAAACAUCUCAUAAUAACAACAACACUCAUGUGUUUUUCAGUACUGUUUUAUAACGUGUAAUCUUAAUGAAACUAUAAUCAUGGGAUACUGUGAUAUUAUUUAGCUUGAUUUUAGAUGUGGAAUUUCAAGACGGUGAAGUGUUGUUGUCAUUCUGACUAAGUUUGAUCUGCUAGCUCUUAACAUGUUGAGUGGUUCUAGUUCUUAAACUAGGAAGACUGUUUUGCUUUUCAAAGAUUUUGACUGCGAGUCCGAAACGUGAUACUGAGCACUGCAGAAACAUGAGUGUAUUCAGUAUGUGAGAAUGAGAUUAUUAUUAUUACAACUAACUUUGUGCGAAGCAUUUUAUUUAUUUUAAAGAAAGUUUUAUUUUCUACCCUUUGAUAACAUGCAAUUUAGUGUGUAAUAUCUGUAUAUCUGUCUUCCAGCGCAGUAGAGAGAUCAGCACCAUGAUUGAUGGACUGAAAUGACAGAGUUCAAAUGAAAAAAGAUUUUUAUAUAAACUUACCAUCAUACUAUUUUUGUUAAAAUCACUGUUAGCAGUAGACGUAGCACUUGUUGAAUUGAAAAUCCUUGUUUUGGGGCAUUAAAACAUUCCCUCACUUGGUGAAAGAGGGACAGAUGAUAUAUUUGUAUAUAUCCCAGAAUAGGGACUUCUAUCCAAAACUGUGCUUUUCAAAUCGGAGCGAGGGAGGGAGGAUAGGGAAGAUUUUGUUGAGCAAAUGUAUAUUAUACAUAACUUUAUAAAAAUUAAAAAAAGACACACUUUAAAGAUCUAGAGUACAGAUCAAGGUCUUCAUGUAUUGAAAAGGGCAGAAUGGGUGGGUGGGGCUUUGUUUUAUUAUUUUUUUGAAUAUGUAUGAGGACACUGUCUUCCUUGAGCUCUGAUUGGCCUAAACUCAUAUGUUGAGGCAUGCCCUGUGUUAUUUGUGUGUUCCCUUCACUGUCAUGUGAUCAUGACAGCAUCCCAAAGGCAAAGCUCCCCUCCAAAAAAAAAAAAAAAAAAAAAUGCUCACUGUGCUGCACCUGACUCCCUUUGAACCGUCAGCUUCUCUAAAUGAGAGAUUAUAUAUAUGUGGACAUUCUGCUAACCUUUAACCUUUAUCCAUGAUCCCGGCCAACAAGAGGUCAACACAGGACAUUACAUAACAGAGUGCAAGUGGGCAUCAAAUCACAAUCUCCUGCAAGUGGGAGUCUUCUUUUUAUUCAUUUAAAAAAAAAAAUGUGGAAAAACUUCACAAGACAGCAUUCAUGUGGUCAGUUAUAAAUAUUAUGUAGAUGAGAAUAGAUAUAUCUAGAGAAAAUAUGGUUUAUCUUAAUGUGUGAUCAACUCUAACACUGUAUUGCACGAAUUUUAUAUAUAUAAAAGAAACAACAGACAA